UUUCAUAUGAAUGUUGACAAUAGAGCAGGAGUAGUGAACGUCAUCUUUAGGCGACUACGUUACGUCAUCAUCCCGCGGCAGAUUCAAUUCGGUUGAGUUACGAGUACAUCCGACUCAAAAUAAAUGGCGCCGUCACCUACAAAGCGAAAGGAGGAGGAAAAGUCAAAGGACAGGGGGAAAGAGAAGCCUGCCACUAAGGACGGGGGAGCCAAAGAGAGAGGCAGAGAGAAGGGUCGGAAACGACGCAGCGCUUCCACUGGUAGCAGCAGCAGCUCCACAUCCAGCAGUAGCUCUGGCUCCAGUUCCGGUUCGUCCAGCGGCUCCAGUUCCUCUGGCACCAGCCGCUCUGGGUCCUCCCGCUCUAGCUCGUCCAGCUCAUCUAGCUCCUCCGGGUCGCCAGAUCCUGGCCGUCGUCGCCAUGACAACCGCCGCCGUUCCCGCUCUGCGUCCAAAACACAGAAGAAGGGAGAUGACAAGGAGCGAAGGAGGAGGAGCCCAAGUCCCAAGCCCACCAAAGUACACUUAGGUAGACUGACUAGAAAUGUGACUAAGGAUCACAUCCAGGAGAUCUUUGCCACCUACGGCAAGAUCAAGAUGAUUGACAUGCCAGUGGAGAGGCUCCACCCACACCUGUCCCGGGGCUACGCCUACGUGGAGUAUGAGACUCCAGAGGAGGCCCAAAAGGCCCUUAAAUACAUGGAUGGAGGUCAGAUUGAUGGUCAGGAGAUCACAGCCUCUGCCGUGCUGACUCCAAGAAUACGCCCUCCCCCUCGCAGGCCAUCGCCCCCUCGCAGAAUGCCCCCACCUCCCCCCAUGUGGCGCCGUACCCCACCGCGCAUGAGGAGACGAUCUCGGUCACCAAGAAGACGCUCCCCAGUGCGCAGACGUUCUCGCUCCAGGUCCCCAGGGCGCAGGCGUCAUCGUUCUCGCUCCAGCUCCAACUCUUCACGGUAGAGGAACAACGCCCCUCGCCCUCACACCCCUGUUUCCAUUAAACCCUCUGGACCUCAAAGAUGCGGGCGGUCGCUCUUUGAAUCUUCAGAUCUUUACCACAGUUUUCUGAACUGAACCAACAAGCCAGGGUGAAUCUAAUGUGUUUUCUAUGAUGUCUUGUGUCAUCUGCGCUUCAGGAUGCAAGACAAGAAGAUAGAAAAUCCUCUUUUCUUUUUUAUUUGACAUUUUCCGGCCUUUUCCAUAUUCCGGCGCCCAUGCAUUGGUUCAGAUUAAUUGUCAUGUUUUGUGUUGUUCAUUCUGAGUUUGGGGCUUUUAGUGCUGAUGAUUGGCUCAAGGUAUGUAGCCUAACGUCUUUUUACUACCAUGUAUUGAUUUCGUACAUGUUUUGAAAAUAAAAAGGAAGGCAUUUCAAUCUCA